GAUAUGUUGAUAAUAAUUGAAUUUUGAUUUGUGAAUUUGUGAAUUGUAAUACGUUGAUAAUUUGUAAAUUGUGAUAUUUGUGAAUUUGUGAAUUUGGAUUAUUUACAUAUUGUUUGUGAAUUGUGAUAUUUGUGAAUUUGUGAAUUUGUGAAUUGUGAUAUUUGGGAAUUUGUGAGGAAUUGAAUUGUUGAAUUGAAUUUAAUUGAAUUGUUGAAUUGUUGAAUUGAAUUGAAUUGUUGAGGAAUUAGGAAUUGAAUUGUUGAGGAAUUAAGAAUUGAAUUGAAUUUGUGAGGAAUUGAAUUGUUGAAUUGAAUUGUUGAGGAAUUAGGAAUUUGUUGAUUUUGAUAUUUAAAUAGUUGAUUUUUUUUUUAAGUAUUAAUAUUUUUUUUUAAAUUUAAACAUUGAUUUAUGAUUGUAUGGUGAGCGGCGUAAAAUGGUGACCCACCAUCCGUGAAAUCCUGGCUCCGCCACUGCGUACCCAUGCUGUGAGGAAUCUCAUUGGAGAGUCAUCCGGGAUGAAGUUGGGUACCCAUUUACGAAUCGUGAGGUAGUUGUCAUCGAGCAUCCAUGGUCCAUGAGUGAGUACAUGGUUGUAAUCUCCCAAAUUGGAAAAUCUGGCUAUGAAGUAUUCGUGCCCAAUAUCAGGCAUAGUGAGCAUUGCACACCCGAGUCCAUAUUUUGGUAUACUUGUCUCAAAUCUCAAUUUACUGGACGAGACUUCACUGUCGUUCUCCCCUUCCCUUGGUGCGAAUUCAAUAACCUGAUUUAGAGAGAGAAAGAGGGCGCCAUGAAUGUGGAUUCCCCUCAGAGUCAAAAUACUUCGCUCCAACGCCUUCAAAAUGUGGAAAAGAGAGUAGUUAGGGUUUUGGAGCUAGCUGGAGCAGUAAUGGAUGAACUUGCGAAUCCAUCUGGGCCUCGCAAGGAAUUGCUCAACAACCAUUGUCGGGAGUUUAUGCAACUAAUUAAGGAUAUCCAAGUGACGUUGCGUGAAGAGAUUAAGAGUGCAUGCGAGUAUCGACCCUUUGAGAAGUGUGAUUACAGUGCAAGAUUAUCAAGUGAGAUUUCUUGCAAGAAGCUCGAGUAUGUCCUUUCUCAUCUUGAUAAGAUGAAGGAGAUUAUUGAUCAAUAUCAAGGUUCUGCGUAACGAGGACCAAAAGGCAUGCAAGAGACGGAAGACUAUUGAAGCUGGAAGUGCACAAGUACAUUCAUUCAAACAUUGCGUGCUACGAUGGAAAGAUUGCAGAUCUCUUUCUUACAGUUUGCAAGGAAGAAUGCUGUAUGGAUGAAGAAAACCAGUUGGUUCCAGGGAACAGACGACACAAUUGUAGAUUUGUAGAUUAGACUGAAUCUUCUAUUUUCAGACUUAUUAUUACUGUAUGUACCCUUUUAUGUUAGGUAUUUCAGUUCCAUUACCCAUUUUAUUGGGGUAGUUAUCUGACAUAUCAGUGAAUUGUUGGCGACUCAGAAAUUAGUGUCAAUUUUGUACUAUUGAUUCAAAAUUUAUGCAGGAAUAUACAAAUUCAAUAUUUUCUUUUA